UAUGUUUUGUUUCUUUCCAGGUACAGUUUACUUUAAUGCAGCGCAUGGGUGCUUAAAGUGUACCUGUGUAGGGGUACACCUCAACUCGGAGCACAAAAUGAUUUUUGAAUCCGUGGACGCCGAACUGCGUACGGACGACGGCUUUAAACAACGAGUAGACAAAGACCACCACAAACCAUGGCGAUCACCAUUAGAAAAGCUCAAAAAUUUUAAUAUGAUCGACGGUGUUCCCUACGAAGGUCUCCAUCAGUUUGAUCGCGGGGUGACCCUAAAGCUUGUUCUAGGGUUAUACGAGGGAAUUUUUGAAAAUUUUGACAAGUGGUCACCCCGACAAAAGGAAGCCGUGAAUACUUUUUUGAUAAAGACACGGCUUCCUUCGGAAGUGAAUCGCCCUAUGCGAUCCUUCCGCUUUCGCCAUUUUUGGAAGGCCACCGAAUUUCGGUCCUUCCUUCUUCAUAUUAGUAUUGCGGUCUUGAAGGAUUUUAUGUCUUUUGAUGCAUUCAAUCACUUCUUGUGCUACUUUUGCAGUGUGACGAUUUUUAAUUCAACGGCACACAAGCAUCUUUGGCCUCUUGCGGAAAAGUUCUUAUACAACUUUGUAAAGAACUUUCCGCAGUAUUAUGGUCGAGCCCAUAUGACCAGCAACGUCCACAAUCUCCUGCACGUGUCAGGAGACGUUAACAUGUUUGGAGCGGUUCCUGAAUAUUCCGCAUAUCGGUAUGAGAAUUUUCUUCAAAUUGUACGCCGAUAUGUGAGAUCGGGCACGCAUGUAGUAACACAGGUAGCCGGCCGUAUGCAAGAAAUUGCAUCAGUGCAAGUGGCUACCAAUCGUGUUACUCAAACAUACCCCCGGUUGAAGGUCAAUGGUGCCGGUAUACACGUAACCGCCGAUUUUGUCCUACUGCCAAAUUUUAAGGAUCAAUGGUUUUUAACCACCGAAAAUGGCAUUAUAAAAUUUUUAGAAGCGAAGAGGAUUUCUUCGCUGUUGUACACCGUAAUUGGAAUCCAGUAUGAAACCUGGACGGAACAGUUUAGUGCGUCGGUAGACGGUGAUCAGUUAUCGUCUACCGACCUACACAUCUAUAAGAUAGAUGAAAAUGGUCCGUCCAGGUCGGUGGAAAUACCACAUUAUGCGAUCAAGUGCAAAUUUGUUGCACUUCGCCUACCCUCUACUUCCUUUAAACAUCCUGAUCCGCAACUAUCUUCCAGUCUAAUCUCCUUAACUCCCCUUCUUCAUACUUUUCAAUAAACUAACUGUAUCAAUUAACAUAUUUCAUGUAACCCGUCACUAACUGUCCUGUUUUCUGAUUAACAUUUUUAUUAAUUUAUUAUUGCCUAUAUUUUAAGUUCUAUUCCUUUUUUAAUUUAUAUGAUCGCAUACGAUGUGUUUCAAUCACUAUACUGGAUCUUUGUUGCCCGAUUUAACGUGGGCCGACCACUUUUACCGCUUUGUGCAUUAUAAAGCUCACAAUGGUCAUUUGUUAAGGUUUUUUUUUAAUAACAUGGUUAGGCUAGAUUAGUAUAUUAACAUGGUUAGGUUAAGUAGUAUAUUAGAUAGUAUUAGAAUAGCAGAUUUUUUAUGGGGAGCCAAUGACGAUUGUUGGUACAUAGCUUUAUGUUUGCGAUGCGGGGCCCCAUGCACUGUAAUGCCCGCGUUUCCGCAAGUCUUGUACUAGUGAGGUGUUGAG